CGUUUUUAUUUCUUGAUUAGGGCACGAGGCCUCGAUGAAAGGCUGUCAGUGUCAGUGGGACAAAUGUAUUCCCCAGAUGCUUCUUUAAGAACUCAGUGGAGGAAUUUUCGCAGAACGAGAGAAUAUUUCGAAAACUGGAUCAAAACGAGAGGAAAAUGUUGCAAAAUAAGAAAGUUGAAUGAAAGAGAGUUCGGGAUGCCGAUGAUGAACCUAUACGAACGAAAGGAAAGCAUGGCUAGAAAGGAGAAGAACAGAGAUGGAAGCGAGAGAGAAUACAAAAGACAGAAAAGGACGAAGGCUCCGGGCGAGCUCCACUGCGAGUAUAUACACGAGUCUCCGAAUCCAAUGUGCGCACGGGCCCGAUCAAUACCCGGGGCGUGCACCACACAGCGGGUAGCUCUUUUCCUUUAACUUGAACCGACAUCGGAUCUUGACCUGCAACAGGGGGAGAGAGAAUGGUGAAAAACAUCCUUAUUUAACACGAUCCUUGUCGAUUGCUCUCGAAUAUUAAAUCGACACUGGACCCAGUAAUCUAUCAACAACUUCCGUUUCUCUCUCUCUCUUUCUCCAUCCACCCUCGCCGGAACUUGACCCUAUCUCUCUCUUUUUUAGAUAUAAAGGCGCGUGCGGCUCACAUCAUUUUUCCACUAGCUUUAAUAUUUUCUAAACUCCCCCUCAAGUUGCUCUCUUAUUUUCUCUUCAAUUCUUUCUUUUCCCAUUG